UUUGGAGCUUGUCUCCAAAUAGAUGUCUUUAUCUGGAGAUGUUAUGGGAGCUAACUCCUCCGGUCUUGUUGGUUGGCAUGCACGCGGUUUAUAACUACGUCAUCAAGCCUGCGUCAUCAAGAAGAAACGCGCAGAGCUCCUCCUUUUUGUCUGGGAAGCCGAACAAACAGGUCACGUUUUGUAAACUCUCAUUAAAAUUAUGUUGAAAAAAUUGUUAUUUACAUGCUUACAGUAUAUUAAAAUGAUUUUAAAUGUUUGCAAAAUGCGAUGGUUCAUUUACAUGGAAUAUAUAAUUUUGAAAAUUUUAGUCAAAACAGGUUUUUAGACUAGCUAGUGUCGUUAAACUAGAAUGGUAGAGCUAUUUCAUUUUAUAUUUUAACAAGCUAAAUUGUAAAAUUAUUUGUGAUAGACAUAACCUUUGGCAAAUUAAAUAUUUUAUUCAAGCAUGCCACGACAACGAAGGCAACGUAUUACAACUGUGACUGGCAGACCAAGGCGUAAUGCACGGCGACAAGAAGUAGCCACAGAGUUACAGAGGUUAGCGUCAGCUACUCCACAGUCCGCUGAGCAGUGCCUUAAUUCAGACCCAGCUUCGACGGUGGGAACACCUCCAACUGCGCAUACUGUUACAGCUGCCAAUUUACAAUCAGGGACUUGUAAUUCUCGUGAAUGCAGCGAUCAGCUACAAGGCAGCUCUGAUUCUAUAGUCAAUCCCACGCAACAUGGUUACUCAAACAUUGGAAACUCUUACACUCCCGAGACUGUCAUAUCAGUGCCUAGUGACACCUUCCAGUAUGCAACGUCGACACAAUUGCCUAGUAACCAAAUGGCAUGUUCUCAGAAUUUCAAUUGUUAUGGAAACGCACCAUCUGCCGGAUAUCUUAAUACUAUCUCACAACAAAUUAAUCCGGGCAAUUACACUUCCGGUCAAUAUAUAUCGUCGGAACAUUUGAUGAGUACCCAACCAGGAACAGUAUCCUAUGCGACAUCGGCACAGUUGCCUAGUAAUCCAAUGACAGGUUCUCAAAGUUUCAGUUGCCAUGGAAACGCAUCAUUUGUCGGAUAUGCUAAUACGAACACGCAACAAACUAACUCGGACAUUAACACUUUUGGUCAAUAUGUAUCAACGGACCAUUUGACAAGUAGAUCUAUCCAACCAGGGACAGCAUCUGGCAUGGAUCACAAUGUAAACACUAUUUCAGAUGCAAGUGUUACAUCAGCUGUGAAUGUCCAACAACCAGUGUACCCCUACUUUAGCAACUCUGGGCCCGUUAUGCAACCCACUAGCAAUGUUCCCGCACAUAGUACACAGCAGUACAUGGCUCAACCACUGUCGGAGGCUAAUUCACAUAUGUCAGAUAUCACUACAGUAUGGAUAGUUGGGUCUUCGAUUAUCCGAGAUGCCUUCUACCAUACGCAAGACAAGAAUCUUCAGUUACCCAAUGUCAGUAUAUACUGGGAUUAUCAGCCGGGCAUGAGAAUUCAUCAUUUAGUAGAAAAAAUUCAGAAUUUGCUCACUAGGUAUGUGCCUCUGUGACAGGAAUGGCCGUACCGGCGACAGUAACCAUCAGAACAAAUCAACACCCUUUACAAUAUUUACAAAUUUAUUUACAAAAGAUGAUUUUUAACAAUGAAUAGAUGAUAUGAAAAGAAAAAAAAACAUUUAUAAGAAAGAAAAAAAAAAGUUCAGUAUCUCUAGAUACAAAAGUUCUUAUAGUUCCAUUCUAAUCUGACGUGGCACAGUUCUUUAAUUUAAUUGCGAACUUAAGUAGCACAAACAAUAUAUGACAACAUAUCUUCUAAUCCAGUCCCUUUAAACCGUGAAUACGUUGAUUCCGUAUUGGCUCCCUAUGGUGGUAGGUGAUUGCAUCCCUGAGCUGACUUCAGAGGAUAACAAAAAUCAGCGUCUUUGCGGUUUACGGCACAACCAUGGGACAAAAGCUCUGCGCUGGGAAAAUCACAUCCAGGCGAGUGAAGACAAGUGAACCUCGGGCAUUGUACUUCCGGGUUAUGACAUCACCAGGUAAAAUCGUCUGGCGGAAGAAGCUAAAAUAUAUAACAUAUGGUAAGCACCAUAGCAAAACAAAUAAGUCAGGGCAUAAAACUGCUCCUUUGGGUACACCAUACCUCCGUAGGCUCCCAUAAAUAAUACGUGCUACUUAUACAAAACAUAUGUGCUACUAAGUUCAUACGUCACGUGAUUAAAAUACGUCACUAAUUACUUCCAUUAUUACAAAAAUUACUUACUUAAAAGACUAAAGUUAAAGUAUGAAAAAGAUAUUAAAAGUAUAUGAUGAAACAUUAUAGAUACGGACAUGAUAAACUGCAGCUAUUAUUUACAACUACAAAUUAACAAAAUUCAAUUUAAAUCAAACGUUAUACAAUAAUUUGUAUCAAUAUGAUGUCUAAUGUCAUACAACAAACGGACACUGUAUGUAUAUGCAAUAUAGACUGGCACACAAUUUCAUAUUACAAUAAUAUAUACAUGGUACUAGACUUGCCAUAUAGAUUCAUACAUAACAAUACAAUGCAGUAAUGGCGUUCCAUAAUUAACAAAAUGUUUGACAUAAAUUUUUAAAACAGUGCUUUACAAUUAUCAUGAUACAAAUUUCAGUACAAAUUUUACAUCUUAUAUAAAUGAAACAUUUUAGAUUCCUCUUUCGGAAUAAUUUACAAAAGUCUGAAAAAUUUAAUAAAUUAUCCUGACAUACCGAAACUAGCCAAAAUCACAUGCCGAAAAGUAAAUGUUACAGAAUUCUGUAGAAUGCACAAAAAUUUACCAAAUAAAAAUCGUAAUGCAAAAAUCAUACAAAAAUCUAACAAAUAAAUUUCUUACCUCGAUCGAGCAUAAUUUUCUAACAAGAAAAAUUAAUCAGACAUAGGUUCGUCUAUAAUGUCGGAAGGUGGUGUGCGCAAGGCAUAUCUAGUCCAGUCUAUUUAAAGGGUAAUGUCCCGCCAAAUGCUAAAUUUCAUGGGAUUCACGGCCUAUGCGUAAACUUUUGACUAUUUGUAUUUCCACGGGAUUCACGAUAUAGCCGGGGAAUCUAACUACUUUGGCGGGGAUUAAAAUUGA